GCCGGUGUGUCCGCCCUCCUCUUCCUCUGACGUGUCUGAACACACACACACACCGCAGCUCUUCAUCCAGCCCGAGCUGAAGCUGCAGUUCUCUCCCCGGCUCUGAGCGUAUUAGCGAUGUUUUCCUGCAGAGCGGCCUGGCAGAGGUGCGGACCUUUAGCCCGCAGAGCAGCUUUCAGGCUGCAGCGGGAUGUUGUGCAGCGACGGCCUAUGUCGUCACUUCCUGGCGGCUCCGGGGAGAACAUACUAUACACCGUACUGUGCGGUGGAGCCUUUGUCGCUUCUGUGUCAUAUGCAUACAUGACUGUGACCAGCGACAAGGAGAGGUACAACGGUAAUGUUGCAGAAAUCCAAGCCAGGCCCAAGAAAGAGUGGGAACCUAAACCAUGGCCACCGAAGAGUAGGGAUGAUGAAGAGGGUGGAGAGGAGGAAGAGGAGGCAGCAGAAGAGGCAGCAGAAGAAGAUGCAGUGGCUGUGGCUGCCGGUGGAGAGGCCGAGGUCGGGGAAACAGAGGACGCUCCAGCUGCUGAGAGUGAGGCUGAAACCGUUGUGGAGGAAGUCGCAGAGGUAGUCGCUGAAGCUGCUGAAAUGGUCGCUGAGGUGGCGGAGGGUGUUGCAGAGGCUGCGAAGGAGGUGGAGAGUGUCGCCGAAGAAAUAGCCCAAGUAGCUGAAAGUAUUGAGGAGGCCGCCCAAGCUGUCGCAGAACCCACCAUCGCUGCAGAGGAGCCAGAAAGCAAUGUGCUGCCGGUAGCUGCCUCUAUUGAAGAGUUACUGAAGACGACUGAAGUAAAGGACGAGUUGGUACCUGCAGAAGAAGCUCCUACACAAGUGGAAGUUAUACCUGCAGAAGAAGCUCCUACACAAGUGGAAGUUAUACCUGCAGAAGAAGCAGCUGCACCAGUGGAAGUUGCAUCUGUGCUUGAAGAGGCCCCUGCACCAGUAGAAGUUGCACCGGCAGAAGAAGUGGCUGCACCAACAGAAGAGGCGCCUGCACCAGUUGAGGUCAUAACUCUAGAAGAGACGCCUGCACCAGUUGUUGAGGAGGCCCCUGCACCUGUGGAGGCUGCACCUGUUGUUGAAGAGGCCCAGGCACCAGUUGAGGUCAUAACUCUAGAAGAGGCACCAGUUGUUGAAGAGGCCCAGGCACCAGUUGAGGUCAUAACUCUAGAAGAGGCACCAGUUGUUGAGGAGGCCCCUGCACCUGUGGAGGCUGAACCAGUUGUAGAAAUCUCUGCACCAGUAGAUGAACCAGUAGAAGAGACCUUGGCACCACUUGUGGAGGCUCCUGCACCAGUGGUAGAAGAGGCUGGACCAGUAGAGGCUACACCAGUGGCGCAAGAGGCAUCGGCUCCAGUAGAACCUGAAGUUUCCUCGGCUCUAGCUGAAGAACCAGUCACUACAGCUGUAGAAGUCGCUACAGCUGUAGAAGAGGUUGCAGUAGCCGUCACUGCAGAAGUAGCCAGUGCUGUGGUGGAGGAAGCAGCGGCAGCCCCUGUUGAGUCCCUGGCAGAAGAGCCUCAGAGAGAGUACAUUGUUGUUGUUCUGGAAGGAACACCAAAUGCAGAGAAGAGGCCUAGGGUGCUUGGAGUGGGGCCAAUGAGUGGUAGAAUCAUCCCAGCGCCAGAUGAUGACGACGUCCCUGCUUCUGAGGGUAGGCGACGUCUUCUUAGGAUGCAAAUGCAGUAGUUCCAAUGAAGUAAACGGCUCCUGAAAGAUUGAACGACUGUCUCGUACAGAAGAUGAGGAUGUGCCUUUCUCCAACAUGAUCCCGUCGUCCUUUUACCCUGAAACCCAAGGACCUGUGCAGUUUCACUGCAAAGACACACAAUAGACAGUGUUUAGAGCAAUACCUUCUUAAUGGAACUGUCAUCCAACUAUAUUAGCAGCGGUCCACAUAGCCCAUCACUGUGACACUCCACACUGACCUUUAUGUCUUGACUCUAUAGUCUCACGAUGAGCCCAGUCAGUGGUAUAGAUGUCUGAUUCAUCAUUCAGUAACCCUUCUUAUUACUGUCUGUUUACAGAUGUGGACGUAACUGAGCCAUUCAGUCUCCCUUUAUUCUCACUGUUACAGUUUACUGCCUCAAAAAUCACUACAGUGGAAAACCCUAAUACCCACCACUGCAAUCUGUUCACCCAAUCGCUGGCCAGCCACUGCAGUGUUACCUCUUCAAGUGAGUCACCAGCAUUCUUUACAUGACCCAACCUCAGGUCUUCCCUCUGCUUCUAUUGGUGUGAAAAUGAACAGCUGGAAACACUUGUUUUAUCUUUCAUGAUGAAAUGCAAAAAUGUGCAGAGUAGCUGUGUUGUUACCUCAGUUUUCCUCAGUCUUUGAAAUGACACUUCAGACCUCUUUUUUUCACUGCAUAAAGUGAGUUUGUUCCUUCUUACUUGUAGAUAAUCUGAUGACUAUACAGUGAAUGUGCAAAUUUACAUCAAGAUUUAGCUCAGCAGCAUGCUUCAGUAAGGAAAAGGCAGGAGAAAGUAUAAUGAUCAAGCUGAUGUGUAAGUUAUUGCUUCUGUCCUUUCUGAGUGUUGUUGUUUUGCUCUGGCAGUCCGACCUGUUUGGAUGUUAUUUAAAGGCCUGCAGCAAGUGUGAACAGUUAUGACCGAUGUGCUAGUGUGACAUGAAACGUGUGUUUGGGAAGUGUUGCAGUAUGUCUGAAGGAAAGUCUCCGGUGUGAAAUGCUUUGAAAGCUCUGUCCUUGUUCUCUUGUCUUUGAUUUCCUAUUUCACGUGCUCUCCCCUCUUAUAUUGAAUUUCUGGUUUUCUUAGCUUUGCAUAUACAAUGUUAAACUGAUGUGAGAGGAUUGAACAUGAUUGUUUGUGUAUAUUUAAAAAAUGGAAAUGAGUUUCAGAAAGUUCAUCUGCUUCUGUCAUUAAUGUUCACAGGCAGGUUUCUGUAGUGAGCUGUGAGUAGAAGCCUUCGACUAGACGAAGGGCAACAACUGUCUGUGAGACAUUACUGUUUUUCUUGUUUCACUAAAUAAAAAGGGAUUAAAUAUUU